AAAUUAUAACAGUAUGUCAAAUUAACCUGUCUUUACAAAAAAAACAAACAGAAAUACCAAACAAUCAGUUUAGUUUGGAAAUGAGCCAUAUUUAUGAAAGAUUUCCUAUAGGAUUUGUAAAAAAGAGACAUUUUAUACCUAUACAAAAAAGUGCUUGCAAAUGUAAUAAAACAUAAACAUGCGAAUAAAAUGAAUAUUGGCAAUUGACAAGAUUCAUAAAUUUAAGACGCAUUUUAAAAAAUUGCUUGUCGAAAGCUUACCUACCAUACCAUUUAAAUAUGUAUUUGGUAACAGAGGAGUUGGGCGAACAAGCAAAAAUAUGAACGACAAUAAAAGAGGAAGAUACAGUAGUUAAAAAGUACGGAAAAUAAUGGACAAGAGUGUAGUUAUCGAUCGAGAACCAAUCACCGCUGACGCAUUAAUAUAAAAGGCAUUUAAGGUUGAUAAAUUAUUAUUAACCUCAUUGAAACUCCCUCAGCAAAGCAAAUCAAAUCACGAAUGUAAUAUUGUUGCAAGGCACAUCCUUCUCUAACUUGUAAGGUAACUUUAAGGAACGGUGAACUAUGGAAGAAAUUUCACUCAUUGGGUACAGAAAUGAUAAUCACCAAAUCUGGACGACGAAUGUUCCCAUCACUCCACGUACAAGUAGCAGAACUAUCGCCCAGAAGCUUCUACUGCGUUGUCCUGGAAAUGAUACCGGUAUCCCGUAAUCGCUACAAAUACUCAUCGUCGGGCGGAUGGUUCCCAGCAGGUUCUGAGGAACCUCAAAGUCCGCACCGACUCUACCUUCACCCAGAUUCUCCUGCCAGAGGCGAUUAUUGGAUGUCGCAACCCAUUUCAUUUGGUAGAUUGAAACUAACCAAUACCAUAGCUCCACCUGCUGGCCAGGUCGUACUAUCAUCCAUGCACAAAUACCAACCUAGAAUUUCAAUAGUAAGAGCGUCGGAUCCUAGACAAAUCGGUUGGUCUCCGAGUGUUUCUACGAUGUUUGAAGAAACUGAGUUCGUCGCUGUAACGGCUUACCAAAACGAGAAGAUUACCAAACUGAAAAUCGACAACAAUCCUUUUGCAAAGGGAUUUAGAGAAUCAGGUCAAGCAAAAUGUAAAAGGAAAAAUAUUGGUAGGGAAUAUGAAAAUGUAGGAAAUAAAUUAAAGGAGAUUAGGCUGGAUCCUUUAUCUCCUAUAAAAAUAGAAGACGAUAGUUUAUCUUCUAGCUCUUCGUCAGUUUCACCCUCAUCUUCUAGUUAUUCGUCAGUUUCACCUUUAUCUUGUAGCUCUUCGUCGCCUUUAACUUCUAGUUCUUCGUCGGAUUCACCUUUAUCUUCUAGCUUUUCGUCGGAUACGCCUUUAUCUUCUAGCUCUUCGUCGGAUUCACCUUCAUCUUCUAGCUCUUCGUCGAAUUCACCUUCAUCUUCUAGCUCUUCGUCGAAUUCACCUUCAUCUUCUAGCUCUUCGUCGGAUUCACCUUCAUCUUCUAGUUCUUCGUCGGUUUCACCUUCAUCUUCUAGCUCUUCGUCGGUUUCACCUUUAUCUUCUAGUUCUUCGUCAGUUUCAUCUUUAUCUUCGCCAGAAUAUUCCUCAAGUUCAAAAUCAUCUUCAAGUUCAGAUCGAACUGUAAUAUAUAUAACUUCUUCUCCGUCGUCAUCAUCAUCACCAUCGCGAAUGUCUUCACCAGAAUUUUAUCAGAAAUCUAAACGUUCAUUAAAUUCAAACCAAUCUACAGACGACAGCACAUCUAGUUCUUCAAUAUCACCAAAAUCUUCACCUGACAUUUUUCAGAAAUGUAGAAUUUUAUUUUUUUCAAAUACAUCUACAAACGAUAGUUCAUCUUGUUCUUCACCGGAAAGUUAUCAGAGGUCUAGAAGUUCAUUAUUUUCAAUUAAAUCUUCAAAAGAUAGUUUAUCGUAUUCUUCAACAUCUCCUAUAUCGUCACCGGAAAUUUAUCAUAAACCUUACCAAACUUUUACUCCUUAUGAGCAAAAUACUCCUUAUGAGCAAAAUAGUUCUUUAUAUACCUAUCCUUAUUUGUAUCCAAUUCCUUUCUAUCAAUCGCCCUAUUGGGGUUCCAAUGUUAAUCCUAUGUAUACUCAAAACUCUUGCUCGCCGGUUUGCUAUCAGAGUAGUACGCCUGUAAAAGAAAAAAUAAAAGAUAAUCCCAGAAAGUUAACAGAUUUUUCUAUAAGAGCAAUAACUGGGUGUAAAUAGGUAGGAUAGGAAUUUAUUUAAGUUUGUAUUUUUAAUUUUGCUGUUACCUUUAUAUUUUAUAUUUGUAAAUAUUUAUUUAUUUAUUUUUUAUAUUGAUAUAUUAACGGAACUAUAUUGAUUAUUGUUCCGUUGAAUAAAGUUAUACAAAAAAAAUGUUUUUUUUGAGGAAAUCCUAAACAGUUCAGAUGGUGCUGGUGGAAGAACAGUGACAGGUAGAUCUGAAGUUAUGAGUGAGUUCAGAAUAGAGUAGAAAUAGUAAUGAAGUCAUGAGAUUUUUCUAUAAUAGCAGUAACAGUAAAUAGAAAUUUAUUUAAG